UUUUUUAGCAACAUACCCUUUAAUAACUUACCUGGACACACCUGAAUUUCCACCCACUGAAAGUUGUUACACAAUAACAAUAGAAGUAGGAAAACGAUGUAAGAGACAUUCCAUCAAAUUCCCAAAUUCAUUGUUUGAUAAUCGUUGAGGUUAGGUGAAGAGCUGUUUACCAUCAAACCAAUAGAGCUGGGACACAAAGAAAGAAACAGACAAUGUGAUGUGACUUCAGUCAAAGUAAAAACACUCAAUCAAGCAUAAGACUCACUGACAGAUUCACCAAGACAAACGGACUGGAGACAUUGAACACCUAAAAAUAAAACAAUGUCUGAGAUCCUGCCGUUAAACCUGGAGCUGCUAGAAGACAGCCCCUCCAAAACCAGCGGGGUGACUGCUGAACCCCAACCCCCAACAUGGCGGGAAGAGGAGAAGGUGAUUAAAGAAUUGGGGGAAGAUUUGGAAAAGAGGGGGGAAGGAGUGGUGGAGGAAGAUGAAAUGGUUAGUUCGGCUAAAUUGGAGCCUACCACUCUGCAAUGGCCAGGUGACAGGGAUGUAGAGAAAACUACAAAGAACAGAAGUGCAUUGACUGCAAAAGAAGAUAAGGGAAGGGGAAAGGGGGAUGACCCUGAGGAAGAACGGAAGAGUGUGUACUCCAUGUGCACCUCUCUUCAAGAAGGAGAAAGGCAGAUGGAGAGUGAGAGAGGGCUGGGUUUGAGAACAGAGGAAGAAUGGAUGGGGAGAGAGGUGCAGGACCCAGGGCUGUGUAAGAUAGGGAAGAAGGUGCAGGUAGAGAUAGAGGUGGAAGAUGAUAUGAACUAUUUGCCUGAGAAGGCAGCGCAGGUCUUCAACCCAUCCGUCACCAUCCUACACUCCUCUAGUGCUCCAACGUCUCCCAGCGGAAGGGAGGUAUUCUGGGAUGUGGACGCAGAGAAGAGCUGCCUCCUCAUUCCCCAGGGAACCCCACCUGAUGGCUACUACCACGACUGGCCAGUGGAGGGGGGGUCCUCAAAAUGUGGUUGUGACUGUGCCAACAGGGAUGCUCUCAAAGUGGGGGUGUCUGUGUUCACCGCAGCUCUGAUUUUCCCCCUCCUAGUGUGGGGGGGCUAUGUCUUCCUGCCUUUUGAUGCCCCACUGCUGGACAGUGCCCCCCUAAGGCUGGUCUACACACUGCGCUGCUCUGUCUUCGCUGUGGUGCCCAUCAUACUGGGCUGGUUGGUGCUGGGUGUCUCCAGGAUGCGGUUGGGGGAUGUGAAGCCGCUGCGUGAAUUGGAGGCCAGGGAAGUGGGUGUGCACCGGCGCUAUGUGGAUGACUCCGUCACCCUCUUUCUGCUCUACUUCCUGCAGCUGGCUGUAAUGGCGCCCUACCUGAGCCAGGACCUGCUCAAACUAGUGCCCCUGCUCACCAUCAUCUUCGCCUUCGGCAGGCUGAUGUACUGGGUGGCAGCUGCACUGGGCAGCAGUGUUCGGGGCUUUGGCUUCGGCCUGUCCUUCCUGCCCACUGUGGCCAUGCUGGGUGCCAAUCUCUACUUCAUCUUCACCAUGGAUGCUGGGGGCACCAUCUUUGCCCAGGAUGUGAUGCACCAACAAGACCAACCCUCAGCCUCCCGCCAGAGGUUCUGGGGAUAGGAGGAUGGAGGAAAGGCUGAAGAAAUGCAAGGAUGGGGAAGAGGGACAGGAUCUGUUUUACCAACUGGUAGAAUUUAACUUUCAAAGGGUUACUAUGUAAACUGUAGUGGAUUGUGCUAGUGUGAUUUUUAAACCACACUGAUGAUGUGUAGAAUAGACUGAGCAGUGGUAGUUAGUGAUAGAGCUUAUAAAAACAGUUUUUGGUUAAAGUUUCUAUGUUAUAAUUCAUUUUCUUGCAUGGCAUUAUACCGUCACUUUGGUGAAACGGUAGAAUGCAUUCUGUAAAAGAUCUGCUAAUCGACAGAAUGACUGUUAAGUACCAUGGAAUAAUGUUAAAAUCACAAUUGUCGGUUCAAUGCAGAGUUAAUGAAAAUAGUUUGUAGUUCCACACAGAAUUGUGCCACUUGGGGAAGUGUCUACAAUAACCAAACCAUUGCCUUCCUCAGAAAUAUCUAGCUAGGCCUGCUGCAGACAAAUAGUUUGCUGAACUGUACUGUUUGGUUUGACAAUUAUCUGUACUUGAGGCAUCCUGUAAUCUAUUGUUUUGCAUUUGGUUGUGAAUCUGGUAUUGCAGGCUAAUAACAUUAAUUGCAUUGACAUUUGGUACCUAAAAUCAGGUUUAUAGAGAGAAACUAAGACUUCCUCUAGACCUUCUAGUCAAUCAAUUCCUUUUUGAAAAUGUUCAAUACAACCAAACACAAAAUCAUGUUCUGUGAUAAGGUCAUCGACUACUGAGUGGACAUUUUGUCUCAUAAUUUCAUUACUGUAUUGCCUUUUAAAAGGACGUCCACACAUGAGCAAUGCCAUGUCAUUAUAAGAGCUAACAAAUCAUUUAAAGAUAAUUGAUUUAGUACAAAGAUUUUGAUAUUGAGAACCAUUUCAUUAUUGGAGAAGGUGGAUUGCAUGGCUUUUUGUGCCCCCAAAAAUGGCAACCUUGUUAUAGAAAUCAAACCCGUCCAACAAAAACAAACCUACCUGCACAGGUGGCCCAACCUCCAUGCCUUCAUCUCUGAAAACAAAUCCUUUCACAAUACAGCACAGCUCUGUAAGAGUGAUUGUGAAUGGAGUUAUUGUAUUUUAAAAUAGACCUAUUUUAAAAUGUAAUGUAUGAAAUCUGAUUUUUAGUGUAGGCAUAGACUAUGAAAUGUAUAACUACGCUGAUUUCUUUCUACGUUUCCAAGUCAACUUUAGCUAAUAACAAGCGGAAACAAAUUGUAGAGUCUAUUUCAUGUCUAUCAUUGUCUUUUCUUAUGAUUUUCUUUUAACUUUUUAUAUAUUUUUACAAAUAAUUUAUAUGUAACAAGUUAUGUUUUUAUUGGGUUUUCAUUUGCUUCAUUAGUGAAGCUGACACAUUUUUAUUGGUAUGAAAGCCUUUUAGUGGCUAAUAAAAAUUAGCAAGCAUUUAA